CACAUAUAAAAAAGCAACCGAGUCAGCAGCCAACUCUGCAAACGCUCCACAAAAUCAAAACCUCUGCAAUUUCUUUCGCUCCCAAAUUCUCAAUACUCAAAUUUCAUUUCCCAAACAAAAUCUUCGAAAUUCGAAAUUCUCCAUUCGUCUUUCUGAGCUCUGAGAAUUUCGAAUUUCAAAAGGCAUGGGAACCUCUCAGAGCCGCGAGGAUCACAUCACCGACUCAGACGAGUACGAGUCGGAAGAAGAAGAGGUUUCGGAAGACGAAGACCAGUACGACGACGCCGAGGAGAAGCCGCACCAGCCCUCCUCGAAGCCCAAAUCCGAAACCCUAGACUCCUCCAUCGACGACGUCGACGCCAAGCUCAAAGCCCUCAAGCUCAAGUACGGCUCUCCUUCCUCUUCCUCUGCCGCGCAAAACCAGAACGCCGUCAAGCUCUAUCUCCACAUCGGCGGCAACACUCCCAAGGCCAAGUGGGUCGUCUCCGAUAAGACGUCUUACUUUUUCGUCAAGACCUCUAAUGUCGACGGCGACGAUGAUUACGACGACGACGUUCGAUCGGACCGUGAGGGACAGUGGGUUCUGAAGGUCGGGUCCAAGGUCCGAGCUAGGGUUUCCACCGACAUGCAAUUGAAGAUGUUCGGCGAUCAGCGCCGAGUCGAUUUCGUGUCCAAGGGCGUCUGGGCUUUGAAAUUUUACACCGACGAGCAGUACCGGAGGUUCGUGACGGAGUUUCAGGACUACUUGUUCGAGAACGUGUACGGAGUCCAAGCCACGGAGGAGAACAAGGUCAAGGUUUACGGCAAGGAGUUUCUCGGGUGGGCCAAGCCGGAGGCAGCCGACGAUUCGGCUUGGGACUAUGAUGAUAUCGAUCAAAGCCCUAAGUCGGCUACGCCGGUCCGGCCCAGCCAGGACUUGAUGGAGGAGUUCGAGGAGGCCGCCAAUGGAGGUGUCCAGAGCUUAACCCUUGGCGCAAUGGACAAUAGCUUCUUGGUGAACGACACUGGUGUUCAGGUUUAUCGGAAUUUCAACCAUGGGAUUCAUGGGAAGGGCGUAGUCGCGAAAUUCGAUAGCGGGGGCUCGAGUUUAGGGAGAUCGACGCCCAAGAAGGCUCUGUUAAUGAGGGCUGAGACUAAUAUGCUGCUUAUGAGUCCAUUGAAGGAAGGGAAGCCUCAAGCUAAUGGGAUUCAACAGCUUGAUAUUGAGACCGGCAAGAUUGUCACUGAAUGGAAGUUUCAAAAGGAUGGAACAGAUAUUACAAUGAGGGAUAUUACUAAUGACACUAAAGCGUCGCAAUUGGAUCCUUCGGAAUCAACCUUUUUAGGUUUGGAUGAUAACAGGCUUUGUCAGUGGGAUAUGCGCGAUCGGGCAGGAAUGGUUCAGAACAUUGCUGCCGCUAAUUCGCCGGUGCUGAAUUGGACUCAGGGGCAUCAGUUUUCUCGAGGGACCAAUUUUCAGUGCUUUGCUACCACUGGAGAUGGGUCUAUUGUUGUUGGAUCUCUGGAAGGGAAGAUAAGGCUGUAUUCCAAGACCUCCAUGAGGCAGGCAAAGACUGCGUUUCCAGGGCUGGGUUCCCCCAUUACCCAUGUUGAUGUAACUUAUGAUGGGAAGUGGGUGUUAGGCACAACUGAUACUUAUUUGGUUCUAAUAUGCACUCUCUUCACUGACAAAGAUGGAAAGACCAAGACUGCAUUUAGUGGUAGAGCUGGAAACAAGAUACCAGCUCCCAGGCUGUUGAAGCUCACCCCUUUGGACUCGCAUUUGGCUGGCACAGACAAUAGAUUUCACGGUGGCCAUUUCUCAUGGUUAUGGAACGCUACUUUAAGAGAAGGUUCGCAUCAACUACUUCUAGUUCGGAUAAUACCCCGGACUUUACCGGUUGCAACUGCUUCUGUGGAGAGAGCAUUUUCUGCUAUGAAUAUUGUGAAAGGUCCACUUCGCAACCGAAUGGGAGAUCAAUGGUUGAGUGAUAGUUUGCUUGUUUAUAUUGAGAAAGAUGUAUUUGCUUGUAUUGAUAAUGAAACUAUAAUGCUACGUUUUCAGAAUAUGAAAACUCGUCGUGGACAAUUGUAA